AUGCCCUCAAUAACAGUAUGUGUAUUAGUCUUCAUUGCAUUUGGAAUUAUCGUUUUACAGCAGACUUCUGCCCAACAAAGGCAGAGAAGUUCAAUGUCUCUUGCACGACGAGGUCGGAUACCACGCUUCUUCCGAAACCAAGCGACGCAGUCUGGUUCCCGUACUAGGGUGGGUAGAGGAAGACAAGAGCUUCCUGGACCCCGGCAUUCACAGCCGGAAACGACAAAGGCACGUGUACAACUGUUAUCUAAUGCUGGGAAAGGAAGCUCGCCUAGUCGGACAACUCUUACUGGUACCAACAGGUUCAGAACAGUGGGUAGUCGGAGACGGUUUAGCCGACCAAGUAAUGCUAUGGUCCUGUCAGCACUGCGUCGACAAUCUCAACCAACGAAGACCAGUGAGACACAACCGUCUGCAACAAGAAAUCUACCGGUGUUAGGGUUAAAACCAUCCAUGAUAAAUGACCAACUAAAAAUAUUUGCAAGGAAUUUAAAAGUUAUUGAUGGCACUAUAGAACUUACACGUCGUCCUACAAGCGCUAAAACAGGUCGAUCAAAAGACAAACGAGUGUCGAUAAAUAGGGAAACAAUGCCAAAAGAGCAGACACAAAUAACGCGGAGCAAUAGAGUGCUGCCAAAAUCUGGUAGAAUUAGCAGGCAAAGAGUAGCUCCAACAAGAAUAGCUCCUACGAGUCCCAAAGGGGAUCCAACUUUGCGUUCGCCUUUGAGAAUUAGAGCCAGAUUAAGACAGAUCUCCAGCCAAGCACCGAAAACCGUCCACCGUAAGGCUCCAGAUCCAAGUAAUAUUAAUACUAGGAACGACGGAACUGGUAAUAAUAACGGCGGAGGGAGAAAAGUGCCUGGUCGACAGAGAGACAUGAUUGCAAUAGAUGAUAUAAUAUCACUGGUCAAUGCUAUACGCGGCGGUAAAGACCAAAAUCCCGUCUCCUCUCCAAGCAAAUCAAGUCCCGUGACAACCAAAAUCAGUAAAGCUACCAACGACCGUAACAUCAACAACAAUGCACUUAACAAUAACAGCAAAGCGAGCAGCAACAAGAAAGGUAACAACAACAAUAAUGCUGUUACAAACACCAGUGAGAUAAAGGCACCUAAUCGAAACAAUCAAAGAUCAACAUCUGGGAGCCAUGGAAACUCCGGAAUUCCAAUGCAAAUGUUGGUACAAUUAGCUUUGAUGACACGAGGCGAGGGUGGAAUGAAUGGCGGUGAAAAUGCAGGGUUUUUAAGCGGUAUGUUCUCAAAUCCAGCAUUCCUUCAGCAAAUAUCUACCGGAAGUGGAGGGAAUCUUCUGCAGAUGAUGUUGGCCGGAAGUGAAAACAAACAGACUGGUAAGGGAGGAGAAAACAUGCCAGGAAACAAACAGAUUAAUCUAAAUGAAAACCCGUCUGUCCUGCAAGAACUUUCUGGAAUGAAAAUUCCGAAAACGGGUAAUCCGAUACAAGACCAAAUGAUAUCGUCAUUAUUGGCACAUACAAUGACGCAUUUCCGUGAGGAAAUACAGGAGAACCUGCGUAAAAGAAUGUAUGACGGGGACUCCCCGCCCUCAAAAAGAAAAGAUAGACCUAUGAUUCGCUUAGACCUACGACUCAAGAGCCAAAAUUCUAAAUGCAGUUAUGGAACUGGGAUUGAGUUGUUUCUAGAUUUAAACUACUUGUACAUGUAG